GUUGGGGUUUGUAGUUGAUAUAGGUGUUGAUGUAAGUGUUUACGGGUGUAGUGCAGCAGCCUGUGACGUUUUGGUUGUGGUUUUACCGUUUGCAUUCGUUGUCGCGUGCAUUCUUUUACUAUACAUGUUGAUGUUGCUAGUGUUGUUGCUAGCGGAGGGCUGGAGUGCUGCCGCCCCAAAAAUUGUAAAGCGAUAAACUGACGUGAAGGCCCAAAUUCUAUCGCUCACGGUGCGAUGAAAAAUUACCCCCCAAAAUUGAAAAAAAAACACUGGUCGGGGAUGUGGUUCCAUGGCCAGGAUGGAACCUACAUUCCUAGGACAGAAUGAAAGUGAACGCUAAUUCAACAUGGGGGGCCGAUUGCGUUGUCGUCGCCGGGGCCAUCGAGCUGCCUGCACAAUGUGCACAUCCAACUGCUGUAGCUGUACGGAAUAGACUAGGUAGCUGUCGUACCGUUGCAUUGCGUUCAUGGCGUAGUGUAUUGUUGUGCUGACAAUUUUAACGCUUUGAUAGGCAAGAGUCUUGUGUGAAUUCUUUAACAAAGGACCGUGAUAGCUUGUUACGUGCACGCGCGGCUGUGACACCAACGAUUGCACAUUGCGGCUGUCCCCGAGCGUACAUAACAGUGGAAUGUCUGAGCGUUCAACGUCUGUACCGCGUCAAUGGACGCGUGAGGUGGCUUGCUCGGAUACUUUCAUCGCGCUUUCAUUGUCGUUCCUUGACUUGGAUUCGGAGGCAGCGUCAGCGGCGAUGAGCGAGCAAUUGUUUAGAGACGUUCUCACACAAGCGCUGACCGAACUCUUCGGAUUUGUCGGCGGUGCGGUUGUCUUCAGCAUUUUACAGUUGCGGGACUCAUCGGCAAUUGUCCGCGUUGACAAGCGGGACGCCGAUAAAAUAUGGGCUGCAGCGGCUUUUGCCACCAGUUACGGUGGACACGACAUCCGUCUGGCCGCCAGCCGGUCUUCGCCUUUCCUCAUGUCCAUGGCAGUGGACAGCAGGGAAUGGGCGGCAACACGCGUGGCUCCUAGCCUCGGAUAGGUCGUCCGAUAUGCCUGCUUUCGGUGGCGUGCCACAUAUACCCAUCGGCCCGUGCCUUCGACCACACCCGCAGCUGUCGUAACCCGAAGCCAGCAGCGCCAGGCCUCAGUUGCAGCCCACCUGCCGUACAUGCGGCGUACGGCAAUACCCACAGGAUUUGGCAGGGCUUACCUUCUUGCCGUCUCCUGCCGGCUGGGAGCGGCCGCAGGCGCACUGCACCUGCCGGCCAGCCACACUCCACGCCCAGCGCUCACCACCUGCUGCCGAGUGCUUACUGCCGAGGAGACGGCAGCAGUUAGCUCUUCUAAUCGUUCUUGAUACCUUCACAUUCGGAUCCUCUGCGCAUGGGCCCGCCGUCACCAUGUUAACACAACUCCUACAGCAGACUUCAUCAGGCAGAGGUCUGUACGGCAUAUGACGUGGCACAGCACAGCGCAGCAGGCCACAGGCAGCACGGGACCCGUACGACUGGGCACUAAGCUGUGCGCAGCUGCAAAGCGGGAUGCAACCUCAACCCCAGAGGCCUUUGCUGCACCCGCCACGGCAACGACCCCUCUCCUCCUCACCGUCUUCUUCCUCUUUCUCGUUUCCUUUUGAGGCUGAGGUUGAGGUUACUCGGCGGUGCGCGCCACAAGUGCGAUGCUAGCUGGACGCAUAUCCGCGGUUGGCGACAUGUGUACAGAUGGAACCGAUAUGGAGCGCAGCAGGGCAUGGGGGAGAGGAGGAAGAGGGUGGAGCAGGAAGAGGGCGGUGGUGGCGGAGAACGGUGGCCCUAGAGGCCGGAAGAGGUGGAGAGGGAGCAGGGGUGUGUGACUGUUGUGGCGUAUGCAGUUGUUGACUUGUAUAGCCGGGGUCAAAGGUCUGAUGGAAACCUCAAGUCAACAGGGAGAAGGAGGCGGCAGGAUGCCACAAGGGAGAAGGAGGCGGCAGGAUGCCACAAACACAAGUGGGCUGUUACAAUGCAAGUAGACUGUUGAGCAGUUUCGUUGCCGUACCCAGGCCCUACAAGCCCUUCAACCGCUGCCGCCUCGUCUCACAAGACACAGCACACAAGCACCAUAUGACCGCCGCAUCUAUCGGUAUGUACAUCUGGAAGCACGACUAGCCCUGGCGAACGGUGUUAUGCAUGUAACGGCCAUUCAAUCAUUCAUUUCGAAGCCCUGGGAUGCGUGUAACCCACGUGCUGUGGCACACAGG